CAAAACCUGAGUUACGAGUACACUCGUUGUCGGGCUGUGGCUGCAGCAGUGUUUAUUACGCUCCAUUAUGGGGAGUAUAGACCAUUCUCUGUUAGUGUGUCCAGUGCUUUUUUGUUGAAGCAGAUGUUAUGCCAACACAUAACAGCAAGAAUCUCAGGCUGUAGUUCCAUUAGUAGCCACCACGGCGGGUGAGGUGAAGCCUACUGUCUGCAGGGUCAUCAUUUAUCUACAGAGGAAUAUGUCUGGGGAAACGUGUCUGGCCCAGUUUCACUCCUCCGGUGCACCCUCAUCUCCAGCCAUAAACAACAAGCCAAGGACCUGCAGUUACAGUGGAAGUAGCAUUGGAAGACUUGGCAACAAGUAUGUUCGUCUAAAUGUUGGGGGCUCACUAUACUUCGCUACUGUGCAGGUGUUGACCCGACAGGAUACCAUGUUGAAAGCCAUGUUCAGCGGACGAAUGGAAGUUUUGACUGAUAAAGAAGGCUGGGUCCUAAUUGAUCGAUGUGGAAAACAUUUUGGAACUAUUUUAAAUUACCUGCGGGAUGCUUCUAUUGUACUGCCAAACAGCCGUCAGGAAAUUCAAGAGCUAAUGGCGGAGGCCAAGUAUUAUCUCAUCCAGGGUUUAGUUGACAUCUGUCAAACAGCUUUGCAGGAGAAGAAUGACAUCUAUAACCCUGUGUGUAUCAUUCCCAUUGUCACCUCUCUGAAGGAAGAGGAGAGCCUGAUAGAGGCCUGCACCAAGCCUGUUGUGAAACUGCUUUAUAACCGAAGCAACAACAAGUAUUCCUACACAAGCAACUCAGAUGACAAUCUUCUAAAGAAUAUUGAACUCUUUGAUAAGCUGUCACUACGCUUCAAUGGACGUGUACUGUUUAUUAAGGAUGUAAUUGGUGACGAAAUCUGCUGCUGGUCUUUUUAUGGUCAAGGGCGCAAGCUAGCAGAGGUGUGCUGUACGUCAAUUGUAUACACUACAGAGAAGAAGCAGACUAAGGUAGAAUUUCCAGAGGCUCGUAUCUAUGAGGAGACAUUGAAUGUAAUGUUGUAUGAAACACAGCGUAUUCCUGACAAUUCCCUACUUGAAGCAACGAGUCGUGGCACACACAGAGGAUCUCAAAGUGAGGAUGAUGAGGUGCUGGAGCUGAGGGACCGUGUCCGCCGGAUUCACAUUAAAAGAUAUAGCACCUAUGAUGACCGAUCUUUGGGGCACCAGCCUGGCCACCGGGAUUAAAUAUAUCAGGAAUUAACUAUCAGGAGCGUUUUUUGUCGUUGCCAGCAAAUGUAUAAAACAAAAAACCUGCCUAAUUUUUCUUUAAAGGCGACAGUAGGUCUUUGGCCUUGACAACCUGUGUAAAUUAACUGUUUUUAACAAGAAAGGCUAAAACAAAUAGUGAAGUUCAAAGAGAAGUGAAGUAUAAAUAGGGCCUAGAUAGUUUUCUAAAGAAGUUAUUUUAAGUAAGACUAACUAAAGUGUGAAAUAUUUCAUAGAUCUGAUCAUAAUUGAAUUAUGAUAUUUAUAUUUUAUAAGAAUAAGGAUUUAAUUAUGUAGUAAAUCUCAGUGCCUGUUUAGCUUUGGGAUGUAUUUUGCAUCCUAGAGACACUUCUUUUAGUAAUUUUUGUGGGUUUUUUUCCCUAACUCAACAAUUCAAUUUUGCUGUGGUUUAAUGUGUAAUUGCUAUUCUAUCUGAAUUUAACUGGGUGCUGUGAUUUAGCAGUAAUGGUGGUGAACAGUUUGGUGACCUCGGAAAAGAAGUAAAGGGGAUUGUAAGUUCUAGUAAUCAAAUAGUAAAGGCAUUUUGUGUUGUAAAAUGUAUAUCAUCACCAUGGUCUCAGUCCUGUGCUUUUAGUACUUUCAGAUGGUUUUUGGUUAAUAGUAAGAACAAUUUUCUUUUAAUAAAAUGACAUGGUGAAUGAUUUUAUUUAGUUAUUUAAUCAUAGGCUGUUGUAAUGUUCUUUUUAAAUGUGGUACAGAGGCUGAUGUUCUUAUGUACUAUUAAUGUAUGUAUAUAAAAUGUGGAUACAUAUAUAAAUGUAACAACAGGUUGUCCCUAUGGAGAUAAUUCUAUGAUAUGCCUCAUUUGUGUACCAUUAGCCAGUUUUUAGUUUUUCUGCCUCUGUGAGACAAGAUGGUGAACUUACUUUGUUAAUUUCUUGCGUAUCUUUUUUAUACCAUACAGUAUAUUAGACUUUUCAGUUAUUUCAAGAAUAUUAGUACAUUUUGUUGAAACACAAACUAAGACUGAAUUCAGACAUUAAAGGGCUUCAGACCUAAUUAUUUUCAUAUUGGUUGUAAAACAGUCGUACCUUGAACUUUGAUAGGGAAUGUAAAUGUGUUUAGUUUGGUACGCUGACAAGAUUAGUUAUAUUUUGAGUCUUGCAUUCUUAGCCUGUGACCAUUGACAUGUCACAAUAAGACUCCUUUAGCACUGAUUUUUACACUAUUUUUGUAAGGAUAACAAUUGUAGUUUCCUGAUAGUUGGAAUAGCAUCCUGCCACUACUGAAUAUUUUUUGUGCUCACAAACAACACUAAAUUCAUAACAUUGUUACAUUUUACUCCCAUUGAAUAUCUCAGUGGCAUUUUUACAUUAAUACACAACUACUGCUCUUAAGUUUAUGGCUGUCUGUUUUUUUUUUUUAUUUUAUUACUUUAUUAAAUAUCAUUCCAUGCAAAUGUGAGUUCAUUCCUCAGUUUUUGUUAUGGUUUUAAUUGUGCAUUAUUUUCCAGGAAUUCUCAAACAUGUUGAACAGCAUUCAUUUUUUAACAAUGCCUUUAAAAUGACAAUUAGAUGCAUGUGAGUAUUUUGAUAGAGCAUAUUUCCAAUAAGAAAUUGAGACUGCUGGUUUUGAGUGUUAUGUAUUUUAUGGUAAUGGAGUUGCAAACACCUAAUUAGAACAGGAUUUUAAAAUGUAAGUCAUUUAGGAAGAUUAUAGAUAACAUUCUGAUCCAAAGUGAAAAAUGUCACAUAAAUUGCCCAGCUGCUCUUUGGUAGCCUGCUUUAUGAAUGACAAUUACCUAUGAUGAUUAAGAUUUGCUAGUGUAAUAAUGGAUGGUACACUGUGGAGAAAAAUAACAAUACUAUAACACAAAGGAAAAACUGUAUCCAUAUUUUUUUGUUGUUACAAAUUUUGGCUGGACUGUUCUUUUCCUCAAAACUUUUCAGUUAUUUUAAGGGUCUUCCAAUAAAGACGUACAUUUAUUUAUGAUUGAUGCACUGUGAAGACCAAGAAAUUCAUAAUAUUAUGCAGCUCAUUAAUUUGUUGAUACUAUUUCUGCAUUGGAAGAGCAACGUGCAAUCUUAAUAUUUUAAGUACUAAGGGUAUUAAAUGUUUACAAAAAUGAUUUUUCAUGGCAUGAUAGGCUGUAUAAAAUGAAAGAACACUUUACAUGGAUUGAUAAGUAUAAUUAAAGUAGACACUUGUAACUACAGUAUAUGUUCAUCUCAGAUGUAUGUCAGAGCAAAAGUGAAAUAACGACAUUAUUUUGCUACAAGACGACAAAAACUGGUUGAAUAGUUGAACAAUUGUCAGAUGAUAGCAUUUCAUUUUUAAAAAUGCAGUAUCUUUACUUCUUGAACAGCCAUUGUAUUUUGGUCUUAUUUAUUACAAUAAAUAUAUCUUUAUUAAAUCUUCAGACAACAUUUCUGUGAUUUACAAUGCGAUUGAGAUAAUACAGUUGGUAAUUUUCUAGACAUUCUCUUCCAGUGAGUGUGUAUCCUUCCUUCUCCAACCCAAGAAUCUAGAGAAAAUGAAGAUUUUCAUGUCUUCUAGAUGUAAGUGGGAGACUAGCAGUGUCUAUGUAUGGUUGCCAUAUUUGCUAUGAUACCUGACUAUCCUCUAAGACAAAUGACAGUACGUUUGCAAACACAGUUUGUUCUAACACUGCUUUUGUAUAGACAGAGGGUUUGUACGAAAUCAAUAAAAGUUGGACACUCUUAGGGAUUGUUUGCAUCAACAUUCAAGGCUUAAUUAACUUCCAUUGCUACAGAAAAGCUGUAAGUUGUUAACUCAUUACU